AUGACUGAGAAGGUCAACAAUCAGCUGUUGCGAUUGGCUAAAGGGAUAUACACCUGUGAAGGUUCUAUCAUUGUAGGCACUUUGAAUAUGCAAGUAAUGGUGAUGGUAACGAUGAACAAAGUGAAAGUAGCUUCUGACGCUGCUCCUCCAAACACCUCUGCAUCACAGGAUUCUUCUGUGAAUGAACCGAUUGAAGCUGAACUUCUCCUUCAAGAAUUAUUUGAAGACCAACUUCUCUCAGAUUUGCCACCAAAUAUAACCAUACAGGAAGUAGACACACUCAUUGCCCUUGAACUUGGAACAGCAUUCGAAAUCACGAUUGAGCGAAACGGAUUGGAGGAUUUAGUUUUGAUCGUUCGCCAGAAUGCUACUGUAUAUGACUUGAAGUGCAUGAUUACAAGUAAGAUUGAGAGAGAAGUCAAUGGAGAUCAGCAGACACAUAUUGAAACAAGGUCUCCAAAAAGGAAGCGAGUGAUUAGUUGGAAAUAUAUUUGGAAUUCUUACUGUUUAAUGUUUCAAACCCAGAAAUUGCUGAAUGACAGAGCAAGAAUACAAGAAUUUGGAAUCAAAAGCGGGAGUGUAAUCAAAUUUACAAGAUAUAUUAGGGAAAAAAGACAUUUACCGGCUAGAUAG